ACUUCAACCCUAAAUACGGCAGCUUGUGGGCCCUGGUAUCAUCCGAAUAGUCGACUGUUUUGUAAACAAACACUCCUUCUAAACUCGAAGUAACUCUGCGUAAACACUCAGAAAAGUAAUGCGAAAAUCAGGCAAUGUUUUGUUUAAAUCGUAUUAUUUAACAACUACACAUCAUUAGAGAGACAAGGAUCGAACUAUCCUUGUUUCGGAGCUUCCUACUUUUUCCGCCAACUAUCGCUGAAGUCAACUCGGAGUUUUGCUCGGUCUUCUGCGCACCCUAUCUCGUAUCCAUAAUAUAUGGUGUUUGGCUCUCUCUUCGCAAAAGGCAAUUUUGUGUUUCUAUCAUCCGAUUGGUCAGUGCAUUUAAAUGAAACGUUUACUCUAGAGAAGGAGGUGCAUUAUUUGAUGACGUAAUUUUUAUUCUAAGCUCAUAACGAAUCAUCUCUAGUUUUACAUGAAACAACGUUGUGUGGAUAUGUACAUUUGCAUACAAAAUAUCGUUUUAUAAAAUAAAGUGGAAGUAGUAUUAAUAACAAAUAAUAUUUUUUUCAUGUAUAACAAAAUUCAAGUACUUUUCCAAAUAAUCUCUAAAAUGGAUAAAAUGGAAUGCUUAAAAAAUUGUUGAACGAAUAAAUUAAAUCUCGUGAGAUUUAAUUAGUUCUUCUUCAUCAUUAAAAGAAUGCCAGGUGUUACAGAAAUGUCUUUGGAUCAUAUGUUUUGUUCUCGCUGCAGAGAAGGUUUUGUAGCUCAUGAAAAAAUUGUUAAUUCACAUGGAGAAUUAUGGCAUUCUCAAUGUUUUGUAUGCGCUCAGUGUUUUCGUCCAUUUCCUGAUGGAAUAUUUUAUGAAUUUGAAGGAUACAAGUAUUGCGAGCAUGAUUUUCAUGUAUUAUUUGCUCCCUGUUGUGAAAAAUGUGGAGAAUUUGUUAUUGGUCGUGUGAUAAAAGCAAUGAAUGCCAAUUGGCAUCCAGGUUGUUUCCGUUGUGAAGAAUGCAAUGGUGAAUUGGCUGAUGCAGGAUUUAUUAAAUGUCAGGGUAGAGCUUUAUGUCAUACCUGUAAUGCACGUGUGAAAGCUGGAGCACUUGGAAAAUAUAUCUGUCAUCAGUGCCAUGGAGUAAUUGACGAUAAACCUCUGCGCUUUCGUGGGGAAUUAUAUCAUCCCUAUCAUUUUAAUUGUUCAGCUUGUGGAGUAGAACUUAAUUCUGAUGCCAGAGAAGUGAAUUCCAGGGCAGGAUAUGCUGCUAAUGAUAUGAAUGAGCUAUAUUGUUUGAGAUGUCAUGACAAAAUGGGAAUUCCAAUUUGUGGAGCUUGUCGACGUCCAAUUGAAGAACGUGUAGUAACUGCUUUGGGUAAACACUGGCAUGUUGAGCACUUUGUUUGUGCAAAAUGUGAGAAACCAUUCUUAGGUCAUCGGCAUUAUGAAAAAAAAGGUUUAGCUUAUUGCGAGACUCAUUACCACCAACUCUUUGGAAAUCUUUGUUUUGUAUGCAAUCAAGUAAUCAAUGGCGAUGUUUUCACAGCUUUAAACAAAGCAUGGUGUGUUCAUCACUUUGCAUGUGCGUUUUGUGAUCAAAAAAUGAAUCAGAAAACCAAGUUUUUUGAAUUUGAUUUAAAGCCAGCUUGUAAAAAAUGUUAUGAUAAAUUUCCGCAAGAGUUGAAGAAACGUAUGCGUCGCAUGUAUGAUUUAAACCCUAAAAGAAUACCAGCUUAAAGGUGCACUACUCCUAAGUACUUAUACGGAUUAUUGGAAAUUAUAAUUUUCAGUGCACGAAUGUUAUUAGGGUAUAAUAUUGUUUAAAUAUAAUGUUAUUCUCAUGCAUUAA